UUUUAGAAAUGAGAAAUAGGCUAUCUGUAAUCGAGCAAAAAUUUAUUAUUUCUUUGAAAAUAAUUGAAAAUUACCUAAUACCUACCUAUUGCUCCGAGUAAAUAUUUAUUUUAUGUCAGUGGUUCUAUGAGAUAUAAUUGUAUAUUAUUAUUAAUUACUAUUUAAAGAAAAGAACAAGUUAAAUGCUCCUACCAAAAUAAUAUUGAAUGAAAAUAUAAGUUUAUUUACAUUUACGUGUUUAAAAGGUGCCGACAAAACAUGAGCAAAGUACAAAACCUGAAAAAAAUAAAAUCUCUAUGCCUAUUAACAUUGGGAGGUACAGUUGCAUAUCAAUUCAUUUAUUACAAAAAAGAUUUUCCCGGAUAUUAUGAAAAUAUAUUGCAGCCACUAAGUCAGCAUGUCAAUCCAGAAUGGGCUCAUAAACUUGGUGUUACUGCUUUAAAGUAUGGCAUAUUCCCUCCAGAGAGCUUUAAAGAUCCUUCAGUUCUGAAAACAAAAUUUCUCAACAAUGAACUCAGUAAUCCUAUUGGAAUAGCUGCUGGGUUUGACAAGCAUGGUGAUGCAAUUAGUGGCCUAAGAAGAAUUGGUUUUUCAAUUGUGGAGAUUGGUUCUAUUACACCUGAACCACAACCUGGGAACCCAAAACCAAGGGUGUUCCGACUUCCUGAAGAUAAUGCUGUUAUAAAUAGAUAUGGAUUUAAUAGUGAAGGCUAUGAGAAUGUUCUCAAAAAAAUUAAACAUAUAGAUAAAGUCACACUGGAUAGAGGCAUAUUGGGCAUUAAUUUGGGUAGAAAUAAAGAUUCGCAAGAUGCAGUCCAUGAUUACACACUCGGAAUAAAAACAUUUAAUGAAAUUGCAGACUAUUUUGUUAUUAAUAUAAGCAGUCCAAACACACCGGGACUUAGAGCUUUACAAAAUAAAAAGGAGUUGACAGAGCUUUUGACAGCUAUAAACAAAACAAUGAACUCAUUGCAAGAAGAUAAAAGACCUCCUCUCUUAUUGAAAUUAGCUCCAGAUUUAUCUGUAGAUGAAAUGAAGGAUAUAGUAUCUGUUAUCAAUAAAAAAGAUAGCAGAGUAGAUGGUCUUAUUAUUUCAAAUACCACAUUUGACAGAAAUAAUCUCAGUAAUCAAGAAUUUGCUCAUGAGACAGGUGGUCUAAGUGGGAAACCACUAACAUCUAAAUCAACAGAAAUGAUCCGAAUAAUGUAUAAACUGACCCAAGGAAAAGUACCAAUCAUUGGAGUUGGAGGAAUAUUUACUGGACAAGAUGCCUAUGAGAAAAUUUUAGCUGGAGCAAGUGCCAUUCAAAUUUAUACAGCUCUCAUUUAUCAUGGUCCACCAAUAGUAUCUAAAAUUAAAUCCGAACUAGCAGAGUUGUUGUUGAAAGAUGGUUACAGUACUGUUACUGAUGCUGUUGGUAAAGGUGUUGUUUAAAUGAAAAAAAUAUUAUUUAAAAAAAAAUAUAUAUUGUUUAAAUAUUUUGUAAAGCUUUAUUAUAAUUCCAUUUUAAUGAAAUAACCUUACAUUUAA